GAUAGUGAUGUACAGUUCUCUCAAGUAGAUUCACAUCAUAAACGGUCGAUAUCAGGCAUUGCUGUGAAUAUGUACGAGCUCCUACGAAUGGUAUUAUCUUAUUCAUUGUUACAAGAAGAUUUCAAAAAACUUAAGGAAUGGGCAAAUGAAAAUUUCUCCAUACAAGGCAACCUCUGUGCAGCGGAAGUUUUCAAGAGACUGGAUGAAAGAAAAAUAAUUAGCCACACAGAUCUUACAAAACUCAGAAACUUUUUUUCAACGAUUAAUCGUUAUGAUUUAGUCAGCAUUUUGGAUGACUUUAAUAUGGGAAAUUAUAAGCACCUAAAAGAGAUGGUUUCCAAGAUAAAACAUAAAUUCGUUGAGUCAAGAGAGAGAAGAAAUAGAUACAGAUCUACCGCAACUGUACAAAGUAUCAACAAUGAAGAUUCUUAUAACUUAUCGUCGCUUACAUCAAGAGAUAAUAAUUUAUUACAAAGCAAACCAGCACAAAUUGUAUGUUCCAACAAUCAACAAUCUUCAUCAAGGACCUAUAAAAUUUCAACUCGCGAUUUACAUGGACAACCGUGCAAUAGUAAAAUGCUUCCUGUAGCUCAUGCAACAACAAAUGAAAGAAAUAAUAGUAUCAGUACAAAUUUUGCAGCUACAAGCCAACCUCAAGAAUCAGUAUUUCGUUUUGGAAACCCUGUUAUUGUACCAACUCAACAUUUGCAUGACGUGCCAUUAAGUACAUCAACGCAAAGGCUUUCUACAAUCAAUGGCUUAAGGCGACCUGAAUCUAACGGUCAAUCUGAGGUAUCAAUCAAUGCAGAACCUUACAUGAAACCAGAACCACAAUGCAACAGUCAUGAUCAUGCUCAUUGUUGUCCUCCUCGAACUUUCAAAAGUGAAAAUUGGUUGUGUACCCAUUAUAAAAGAAGAUGUUACGUUCAGUUUGAAUGUUGUGACAAAUAUUGGCCAUGUCAUCGUUGUCAUAACAACCAAAGUACCUGUGGGGAAAAGAAGCUCAAAUCACGUGACGCAAAGAUGGUCAAGUGUGCCGAAUGUGGAAAAGAACAAAAGUUUGGUGAAAAUGGACAGUUUUGUGUUUCAUGUCAAGCUAAGUUUGCCGACUAUUAUUGUGGGAUAUGUAAACAUUUGACAGGAUUGGAUGACAAACCCUAUCAUUGCGACAAAUGUGGAAUUUGCAGAGUUCAUGGUGAUCGAUCGUACCAUUGUGAUGUUUGUGGAAUUUGUCUUGAUGUUCAACUUCGUGGCAAUCAUAAAUGUCGCCCAAAUUCCGCUCAUGAUGCUUGCUGUAUUUGUUUGGAGGAUGCAUUCACUGGAUGUCAGAUAUUGCCGUGUUCUCAUAAAGUUCAUAAAGAAUGCGCCAAUCAGAUGAUUCAAAAUGGAAUAACUCGUUGUCCGAUUUGCCGCGAGAGUUUUGCUCAUAAACUUGAACGUAAAAAGGAAAAAAUGUCGUUCAAGAAGGCGUUAACAAAGAAGGCAAAAUUGUUUUCAUGAAGAUGUUACCUCCGCAAGAUUACCUUAAAUUGACCUUUCAUCAAAUCAAUAAUACAGACGUGGGCUAAAUCUGCAAAUGGUUUCUAAAAACUGUGCCUACUCGGUGUUUGUGAUAAAUGAAAAAGGCGUUGGUGAAAAAGUCAAUUUGUACAAGAGUAUAGCGUGGUAUUCACAGUAUGAAACAAGAAGAAACGACACUUUUUGUCGAUUGCAUAGUGGAUUAAGGAUAGUCAUGAAGAUGCUAAAUCUAAAUCCAAAUUGUAAUCCAAAUAUAAGGGACCAAAGUUUAUCAUGCAUGUGAGUGUUUUUUUAACCUAUACAUCUUGCAUAUUUCCAUGUAUAAAAACAAUAAAAGAAAUAGUUAUUUAAAGAAAUUAUUUAUUAAAUUCUGUAAAAUGACAUUGAAAUAUAAAAAUUUAUAGUUCCUUUAGUUCACUGUAAAAUAGUCGUUAUUUAAGAAAAUAAGAUCAUCAUAAAAGUA